UGAAUGCGAGCACGUGUAUCCUUCAGCUGUGUUGUGUGUGGAGCGAGCCAGCAGGGUACAGGAUGGCCAGGAAGGGGCUGAAGAAGACGAGUGCGCGGGGUCAAAAGUGGAAGAAAGGUCACAGCUGUUUGUCCAAUCCACAGGUCACCACACAUCGUCAGGCUGCCCGAGGAUGCUUCUUUCAACGGCUCGAUGCGACCAGUUCCCUCACUCAAACAGCCCUAGAGGAACACAACAAGGUUAAUGAAGAGGUUAAUGAAGAUGGAAGAAAUGGGGAAGAGGAGGAAGAGGAGGAGGAAGAAGAGGAGGGCUUGACACAGAUGGAGCAACAGAUGAGGGACCUUGGGGUGGAAGAGGAGGACUUAAGAAGCGGUGGAGGAAGGACUUUUAAUACAUUUGCGACCAAUUUCACGUCCUGUACCAUCCCUGCGUUUGAAAAAUUCUUCCACACCUUCAACGCGGAGUCAGACCAACACACCCGCAUGUUGGGCAUCCACGCAGCCGCCCAGGAGUACCUCAGGGACACCAGCACCCCAGAAACAUCCACUUCUUAUUACUGCAGCCUGAUGGUGACCCUAGAAGGCGUGAGGGACUCUGAGGAGGACACAGCUGCGGCCCUGGCCCUCAUGACCCGCGUGGCUCGCCGUGUGGCCAGGGAGGUGCUGGUGGCCAGGUUUGGGGUCUUCGCGGCCACCCUGUUGGCAACACUGCAGCGAUAUGCCAGCUCAGGCAAUUCCAGGCUUAUUGCUAAUGCCAUCGGGUCCCUGUCGAUACUCCUCCGAGCGCAGGACAGAGGUGAAUGGAGCAAUGCUUCUACACUGAACCUCUUCAACACAAUUUUAGGGUUCUGUGUUCACCCCAAGCCAAAGAUUCGCAGGGCUGGCCAGUACAACACAGCGGCCAUUUUGUCAGCAUCCUCGUUCGUGCUCUCUGACGAAGACAAGGAAAACGCCACCACCACCACCACUGCCACCACCACCACCACCACCACCAGGCACCCAGCAGCAGCAGCGGCGGCGGAGUUCUGCCUCGUAAACUUGCGGCUUUCGACUGAGGCUGGAAACACUAAAUCAACUUUACACACACUGGUCUUGCUGCGACAGAUAAUUGCACUUCUACCCAAAAAACAGCUUAAGACUGUAUGCGAGUGUCUCCUGUCGAUAAUGCAAGUGGGCCAGUCUCUUAUCAACACGAGUGCAUUGCAAGCUUUUCACUCUCUCUUCGCUGCCCAUCCCCCUCCUGAGGUCCUCCCCCCCACACCAAUGUUGCCCUCAUCCACGCACUCACCCACGGGGCCUCCGGGGGCUCUGCGGGGGCUGGCGGUGCAGGGGGAGUCGUGGUUCCUGGGAAAAAUGACCCCCAAGGCUACUGCCUGGAUUACUGUUGUCACAAUGGGGCUGGUCAACUUGUUCAGGCUGAAUGAGGAGGAGGCCAUGAGUGAGCUGCUACGCUGGGCUGAGGUGCUGCUUCCCUACUGGCAGAGUGACCACCCCGCUGUGCUCACCAAGGUGCGUGAGUCGCUGGGUGUGCUGCUGCAGGACAGCGUGGGGGUGUGCAGCGGUGCGGUGCGGGGCGGGGCGGCGGGGGCGGCGCUGUUUGAGGUGGUGUGCCGCGGCCUGUCCCUGCAGUACCAGCCGGCCUGGGGCCAGGUGUUCCUGUGCCUGGUGGCGGCCUUCCCCGCCCUGGGCCCCCACCAGCCUGUGGCCGCACGGGGCUGCCUGGCGGCCCUGUGCCAGCUGAUGGCCAACCCCCGCCUGCCCCACCGCCCCGCCCUGCAGCGCGCCGUGGGGGCCGCCGUGGAGGCACUGGGGCCCGGGCCGCUGCUGGAGGCCGUGCCGCUGCUGGCCACCGGGGACGUGGCCCAGGACGAGGCCAGCUGGUGGACGCUGCCGCUGCUGCGCCGACACGUGCGCGCCGCCGGCCUGGGGGAGUUUGUGGCCCGUCUGGUGCCGCUGGCCGGCCGCUGCUUCCAGCUGCUGGCCAGCCUGGAGCAGGAGGGCCGCCGGGACUCCCUGGUGGGCCGCGCCUACCAGCAGGUGGAGCGGCAGGUGUGGUCGGCCCUGCCGGCCUUCUGCCGCGGCGCGCAGGACGUGGACGAGGCGCUGGGCCGGGAGGGCUUUGCCAGGCUGCUGUGUGACCACCUCAAGCACCGGCCAGACACGCGGCCCUCCGUCAUGGAGGCCCUCAGGGUGCUGCUGGCGGAGCACGGGGCCGCCCCGGGCCUCCUGGCCACCUAUGCCAAGAACUACCUGCCGGCACUGUUCAACGUGUACCUCACCCCCCCGGCACGGAGGGCACCACCCCCGGCCAGCGCCAGGCCGCCCUGGCCACCGUGCAGGCCUUCCUGGCCGUGGUGACCCCCGGCCGCGCCGCCGAGCUGCUGAACCUGGUGCUGGAGCGCCACCGGCAGGCCCAGGGGGAGGCAAGGACCAGGCCGCGGCCUUGCGGCGGCGGGCGCUGCUCAACCUGGCUGGGGUGCUGGUGCCCCACCUGGAGGGGCCGCCCUGGCCACCCUGUACGACCACGUGGCGCCGCUGCUGGGCGGGGCGGAGCACGGCCAGCAGAAGGCCGCAUACCGCCUGCUGGAGGGGCUGCUGGCCGCCGACACGCCGGCCACGGCCGCCCUGGUGGAGCAGCGCCUGGAGUCGCUGCGGGAGGCCCUGAUGGGCCAGCUGGCCUCUGCGGCCCCCAGUGCCCGGGCGCCCCGCCUGCGCUGCCUGCGCCUGCUGCUGCUGCGCCUGGGGACAGCCACGGAGGAGGGGCGGCGGCGGGCCGUGCUGCAGCAGGUGGUGGGGGAGGCCGUGGUGUGCUGCGGGCGGGCCAUGUCGCAGGCCACGCGCCGGGCCGCCUUCUUGCUGCUGAGCGACCUCGGGGCCGUGCUGCAGCGCUGGGAGGGCUGCGGCCCGCGGGACACCGUGUACCGGGCCCUGGAGCUGCUGCUGGCCGGCCUGGCGGGCAGCCCCUCCCUGGCGGCGGCCACCAUGCUGGCGGUGACGGCCCUGGCCUUCCAGCACCGGCAGCACGUGGACGGGCAGGUGCUGGGGGUGCUGGUGCAGAACACCUGCGUGCAGCUGCUGUGCCCCGCCAGGGAGAUCGUGGCCUCCUGCCUCUCCUUCCUCAAGGCCACCACCACCCUCUUCCCACCCCCGCUGCUGGCCCCUCACCUGCCCCCCAUCAUGCAGGCGCUGGCCGCCAUGACGCCAGACUGCCAGCGCAAGUACCGCCUCAAGACUCGCGACAUCCUGGACAGGCUCAUCAGGAAGUUUGGCGCAGACACCGUGGCCGACCUGGUACCUGAGGGGGACUCAAUUCUACACAAGCGCGUUCGUAACCUCCGAAAGCUGGCCAACCGAAAGAAGAGAGAGAGAGAGGAGAGGAGAGCCAUGGGGGAGGAGGAGGAGGAGGAGGACAUGUCAGCGCGUCCUCUGCCUGCCAGCCUGGACGAGAUACUUGAAGAAAUUGAUGAUGACGAUGAUGAUGGUGAUGAUGAGAAGGGGAAGAGGGGAAGAAUGAUGAAGAAGAAGAAGAAGAAGAAGGGGAAGACUUGGAUAAAGGAGGAUAAUGAAGAGGUACUGGACUUGCUGGACUCAAGGGCGGGUCAGGCCAUCGUGUCCGGCCAGGCAGCAGCAGCAGCAGAGGGGGCGGCCAGUCGGGGCAAGACAAUGUUUAAAAUUGACAAGGAUUCUGGGAAGAUGAUAAUUACUGAUGAUGAUGAUGGUGGUGGUGGUGGUGGUGGUGGUGGUGGUGGUGGUGGAGAGAAGAUGGACUUCAGCGAUGACCUUGACGAGAUCCUGGGGUUGAAGGCAGCAGCAGCGGGUGGGAAGGUCAAGAAGAGGAAGAGAGCAGACAGUGUAGGGUCAGGAGAGGUCGCGGAAGGUGGUGGUGGUGGUAACAGUAAGGAGCCGGCGCCGGAGGUCAGGAAGAGGGCAAGGAAGGACCCAGGGGCAGAGUUCAGGUCACGCAAGGCUGGGGGGGACGUGACCCUUAAGGGGAGUGGUGUGGCUCCCUUUGCAUACGUCAGAUUGGCAAAGGAACAGUUAAAUAGAAGGAAAAAGGCGAAAUUUGAGGGUCAGUUUGGGAGCUUGGUGAGGGGGGCCAAGAAGGGGGUGAGGGGGGCGCGGAAGGGGGCCCAGCGACGGGGGAAGGGGAGGAAGUGAAGAGGAGGAGGAAGACUAGAAGAGAAUGU